CUGCUCCAUUCACCUUUCACCUUUCCAUUCACAGGUCGGCUCGGUAGGCUGUAGUUUUGGCGCCAAAAUUACAAAUUUUAGCUUCUAGCCCCGCUACAUCAAGACGCUAUCCUACUUUUACAGUAUUUGCAUUUGUGGUUGCUUGAACUAUCAGAAUUUACAAAUACCGAGCUCUAGCAGGCUCGCAAGUCAACAACGGCGAAAAAAACUCCGCUUCCUACCGCCCCCCUCCCCACGCUACCCUGAAACAAGGAACAUACAGUUAUAUAAUUUUUGGAUAGAAUCAGCAAUGUCAGUACUCUGGCUCGUGUUGUAUUUGUUUCUGGCAUCAGUGGCAAUGGUAGCGUCAGUAUGUGGUCCCGGAGAUGGUCGUAUAAAAGAGCUUAGCAAAAACACACCCAGUUAUACCCUCCACACAGACGAAUUCGAAGGGAACUUCCAGGUUUUCUGUUACAAAGGGGAGGCAGCAAGUCCCUUUUUACUGUGGAGCAGUGUGACGGUCAGAGUGAAGUCCCUAGAUGGCGCUCCAACCCUUUACGUCGGUCACAACAAGUCUGAGGUGUGCGAGAAGCAGAACCAACAGAGCCUGAUUCUCUAUUGGCUGAUGAUCUCUCCUGACAAAGUCUCUCUUCCGCCCUUUGAGAAGUCGUGUAUCGGAGUGGAGUAUACCUCAACAACGCACAUAGGGCUGGACAAGAAAGUGAUCAAUGUCUGGUUCCCAGCAUGCCUUGUGUUUGGACUGGUCGUCUUCAGUCAUGCUGCCACACUCAGCAGGAAUGUGCUGUUUUACUACUCAUCAGGCAUUACUGUUGGUGUGUUGGCCUCUCUCCUGAUUCUGGUCUACAUGCUCAGUAAGUUAGUGCCCAAGAAAAGCGGGGCGUUUGUACUUCUAGCGGCAGGAUGGUCCACAGCCCUGUACCUAAUACAGCACAUGUACCUGAACCUACAGUCCCUCCUACAGGAGUAUCUACAGUAUAUCCUGGGGUACCUCACUGUGGCUGGUAUCGUCAGCUUUGCUGUCUGUUACAGGUACGGACCAGUGACCAAUGAGAGGAGUUUAGACUUGAUCAAGUGGGGGAUACAGCUGAUAGGUCUGACAUUUGUGUACAACGGAACACAGCUCCCUGCAGCUUCACUCACCAUCAUUCUACUGGCUGUACUCUGGGCAAAUAUACCAGAAAGACUUGUACAGGGACUGAGGUUCUAUUGGAGGACCUGGUUCCCACAGAAGAUUCGCCGUCUGACCCAAGAAGAAUACGAACAGCAAGCGAAGGAGGAAACACGGCGGGCGCUGGAACAGCUGAGACAGUACUGUAACAGUCCUGACUGUAACACCUGGAAAACUGUCAGCAGACUGGAGAAAUGCUCUCCUGUAAGGUUUGCCAAGUUUGUAGAGGGUGACAGUCACCUCUCGGAGGAGGAAGUCUGUGCCUAUGAUUCAGAAGUCUCGUUUGAAUUUCCAAUGGAGGAUAGUUUUGAAGAAGAUGAAUCCUUUGUUAGCAGCAACACAUAACCCUAGUUGUUAUUCUUACACACCGAACAAAAACAACACAUCUAGAGAUCUACAUGUGUAUGCCUGACAGUAAAAUUUGAACAGUUACCUAUACCUGUGAAGUUAUCUUCCUAUGCCUUUAUGCUUAGGUCUGGACCUAAAUGCUUAGGUCCAUACCUAAGCAUUUGGUGUACCUGUAUCUUUAUCUGAACAAAAUAUAACACUAGUGAAGACUAUUCUCUACUCCAAAGAUACAUAGAUUGUAUCUAAAAGAUUACAAUUUAGUACUUGAAAAUCAGGGAAUUCUAAAUACCCUUAUUAUUAUUAGUGCCAUACUCAUUCUAUGUUUGCAAA